AUGGCCAGCCAGAUUGCCAGCCUCGAAGAGGAUAAGAAGGCGUACGAAGAACAGCUCGAGAUCGUCAAAUCACAACUUCGAGACGACCCAGGCAAUGUCGAACUCAAGAGCCUCCUGUCCGAGCUGGCGGACAUGAUCCAGCUUCUCGACGAGUCCCUAUCCGAGUUGAAACCCAAGCAAGCCUCCAAGCCCGCCGCCGAGUCCCAGAAGCCCGCGCCUCCCCAACCCCAAGAUCGGUGGCAGCGAGACAAGCCGUCCGGCUCCCAAAGCACCGCCUCGCCCUACGCCGCCGCCACAUCCUCGUCCGCAGCCGGCGCGCCUGCUGAAGAGGAACCCGCCAUCGCCUACCAAGUCAACGAUGAAGUCUCGGCAAAGUGGCUGUCGGGCGACAGGAAGUUUUGGCCCGCCCGCAUCACCUCCAUCACGGGCUCGUCCUCGGCCCCCAUCUACCUAGUCAAGUUCAAAAACUACAAGGGCACUGAGACCCUAAGGGCCAAGGACAUCCGUCCCGUUUCCAACAAGCGCAAGGCUGACGGUCCUCCAGCUACUGCCAACGCCUCCACCGCCGCUGCUGCCCAGCAGGCCUUUUCCUUCUCGUCCGCCCCGGCCCCUGCGCCGGAUAAUGGCAUCGUCAUGUCCGCGGCCGCGAGCCGCUACCCCGAGCCGCCCAAGGGAAAUGAAGCUGAGACGAACCCCCAAGCUGGGAAACCUCCCAGGGCGAAAAAGAUCAAGGCUAACAAGGAACUCGAAGCCGGAAAGAGCAAGUGGCAGGAGUUUAGCUCCAAGUCCAAGGCUUCAAAGUCCAAGAAGGACAGCAUGUUCCGCACCCCGCAGGGUAUUCACGGAAGAGUCGGAUUCACUGGCUCUGGCCAAGCCAUGCGCAAGGACCCCACCCGCAGCCGCCACGUCUAUCAGACAAAUGAAGAGGCCGAUUAA